AGACUAUUUUUAUAACGAACGAUAUAAGCGACUGAAAUGGCCGACGAGGAGAAGCUACCAGUUAACGAUGCACAAAUUCAAGGAAAGCAACCUCCUACACAGGGCACAACGGGUGAAAUGUCGCGCCCUAAUAAUCUACAGCGCAUUGCACAGAAGAAAGCGAUGGUCAAAAAUUACUCAAGGACGAAAAAGUUGGAGAAACUGGCCGUGUAUUCGUCCUGCAAGACGGAAAAUUGUAAGUGCAAUGGUUGGAAGAACCCAAAUCCCCCUCCAACGCCUCCCAGAGUCGAUGUAUCACAGCCAUUGGCCAAUCUCACAGACCCUUGUAGAAGCUGUAAUCACACACUGAGUGCCCAUGUAUCUCAUUUAGACAACACACCCGAGGAGGAGCUGAAUCGCCUGCUAAGAAUCGUUGUGGAUGUCGAGAACCUGUUUAUGUGUGUUCACAAAGAGGAAGAUGCUGAAACGAAACAAGUCUACUUUUUCCUGUUUAAACUAUUAAGGAAAUGCAUCCUGAACAUGAGUAGUCCCACCAUAGAAGGACCCCUAGGAAGCCCUCCAUUUGAAAAACCCAGUAUAGCCAAGGGAGUGACAAAUUUUGUGGUGUACAAAUUCGGACAUCUAGCACAACGUGAAUGGCAGACGAUGUAUGACCUGGCUAAGAUGUUUCUCCACUGUUUAAAUCACUGGAAGUUGGAAACGCCGACCAGUCGCCAACAGCAUGCUGGUACAGAGGACAUGCAGACCUAUAAAGUCAACUACACAAGAUGGUUGUGUUACUGUCAUGUUCCGGCAUUCUGUGACAGUCUGCCGCGGUAUGAGACGACCCUGAUCUUUGGCAGAACGGUACUGCGCUCGGUGUUCCAAACCAUGAGGAGACAACUCCUGGAUAAAUUUCGGGCCGAGAAGGAGAGGAUGCCUCCAGAAAAAAGAACGCUAGUUCUUACUCACUUCCCAAGGUUUUUGUCGAUGUUGGAGGAGGAAGUGUAUGGCACUAACUCGCCAAUCUGGGACCCCGACUUCUCACAGAAUGCUGCCAAUGUAGCCGGUUCACCACCAACCACACCCACCACCCCAUCAUUAGCUACAGGUGUUAGUGGUUUGAGUCGGUUCCUGUCUAUUGGGCCACUGCCAACUACGCCCACGACCAAGGAGGCAGCAGAAAAUUUCACCUCCAUCAAUCUCAGCCCGGGGGUGGUGGGAGCCAGACGGUCAUCCAGAUCGGACACAGGAAGUUCUGAGUUGAAACGUAAACUUGAGGAAUCCUUUGGUCCUGAGGAUAUCAAGAGGAAGAGGAUCGAGGGAGAUGUUUCCUCAGAUCUUGUGACCAACAUUGUGUCGACUAUCACGGAACCGGAGCAGAUGGUGGGGCCAGAUCCCACACUGUUCCCGGCCCACGUGGCCCGUGACGAGGCAGCCAGGCGAGAGGAGAAUAAGGGUGUGAUUGAGUUCCAUGUGGUCGGUAACAGUCUCAGUAAGAAGCCCUCCAAACAGACACUGGUCUGGCUCAUCGGCCUUCAGAAUGUUUUCUCCCAUCAAUUACCGAGAAUGCCCAAGGAAUAUAUCACCAGGCUUGUGUUUGAUCCGAAACACAAAUGCCUGGCCCUGGUGAAGGACAAUAAAGUGAUUGGAGGGAUCUGCUUCAGGAUGUUCCCCACCCAGGGAUUCACCGAGAUUGUCUUCUGUGCAGUGACCUCCAACGAACAAGUCAAGGGAUAUGGUACUCACAUGAUGAACCACCUUAAAGAUUAUCACAUUAGUCACAGUAUUCUGCACUUCCUGACCUUCGCUGAUGAGUAUGCCAUUGGAUACUUCAAGAAACAGGGAUUUUCCAAGGAGAUAAAAUUAGCCAAGUCGGCCUACCUAGGAUACAUAAAGGACUAUGAGGGAGCCACUCUCAUGGGCUGUGAGCUGAACCCCAAGAUCUCUUACACCAACUUCUCCAGCAUCAUACGCAAACAGCGAGAGAUUGUGAAGAAGAUCAUUGAGAGGAAACAGUCAGAAAUGCAGAAGGUGUACCCGGGGUUAAAGUGUUUCAAGGAGGGAGUGAGACAGAUUCCCAUCGAGAACAUACCAGGCAUCCUAGACAGGGGCUGGAAACCAGACGUGGAUACAAGCAAAGACCCACCCACAGAUCCUGACCAGCUACACAACAUACUGAAGACCAUUAUACAGCAAGCCAGGAGCCAUGCGAGUGCCUGGCCGUUCCUUAAGCCUGUUGAGAAAUCAGAUGCCCCAGAUUAUUACGACCACAUCAAGUUCCCAAUGGAUCUGAAGACAAUGGCUGAACGUCUAAAGAAUCGUUACUAUUGUCACAAAAGACUGUUUAUUGCGGACAUGACCCGGAUCUUUACAAACUGUAGAUCGUACAACAAACCCGAUACGGAGUAUUACAAGUGUGCCAACACACUGGAAAAGUUUGCAAUGGGUAAACUGAAAGACGCUGGUCUCGUGGAUAAGUGAUGGGUAAACUGAGAGACGCUAGACUCAUGGAUAAGUGUUGGGUAAAGUCAGAGACGCUGGACUCGUGGAUAAGUGUUCGGUAAACUGAGAGACGCUGGUCUCGUGGAUAAUUCAAUUGAUGGGUGAACUGAGAGAUGCCGGUCUCAUGGAUAAGUGUUGGGUAAAGUCAUAGACGCUGGUCUCAUGGAUAAGUGAUGGAUAAACUGAGAGACGCUGGACUCGUGGAUAAGUGAAUUACACUGCUUUGUAAACAAGGAAUUUGUGAUGGGUAAAUUUAGAGACACUGGACUCGUGGAAAAGUGAAUUUCAUUGCUUUGCAACCAGAAAAAAUUGUGAUGAGAGAUGCUUGACUUAUGGAAAUUUUAAAGUGAAUUUCAAGGCCGUGUUGCCAAUAAGCACUAUUAUGGUUAAAAAGAGAAAUCAUUGACUUGUAGGAAAGUCAAUUUCAUUGUUGUGCCACCAGUAAAAUUUUUGAUGGUUAUAAACUUAAAUACAGGAUAUGUCUGAAAGUUUGUUUCAUAGCUGUGCAACCAAAGAAACUGUACAUGAAUGUAAUAAUCUUGUACAUAUCAUUUAUUGAUCAGGGAGUACUUAGCCCUGCAUUGAAUCUCAUGUGACAUUAACAAAACUGAGUACAUGCCAUUUCAUUUGAUCACAUUUUAUUUUACGUUGUAAUACUUUUGUAAUAAGUAUCUUGUUUAGACAGGAACAAUCCUUUCUUCCACCAUUUA